AUGGGGAAUGCCUGCAAGAGCUGCUGCGGUGAAUCCGCAGACACUCAGCUGGAAGUCGAAGCGCCUGAAAACGGGAGCAAGACUUCCUCGCCGCACGAGGAGCUGUUGAAGCGUUACACCCCUGAUCUUCUUGAGAGGCUUCACAAGGGACUGGGCAUCGGGCUGAUUCUGCAGGACAAGUCUCGGCUGGACUGCAUCGUGAAGCUCACCGACGACAACUCGGCGAUUCAGUUGUCGUGCGACCGCAAGUCGCGGAUGGUGAAGCUCUCGGAGAUUCGGAACAUUCUCUACACGCCUGAGCAGCUGAAGCGCGUGGACUGCUCCGCGGGCAUCUCCAAGAGCGACUACUGCGUCGCCCUCCAUCUCAUCGCCUCUGGCAACUGCAUCCCCCUCUUCUUCGCAGACGCUGCGGGCCGCGACUGCUUUGUGAUUGUUUUGGAGAAACUGAGGGACUCGCUGCCGGCUCCCUCCGGCUCCACGUCUUCCUCCUAA